CCGAUUGUUGAGUUUCAGUCUCCGCCAUGUGUAACGGCCACCACCGAUCUUUGUUCAGAGGUACCAUUUCUCCUAACCAGACCUCCGUACCGGAAAACGGCGACGCUUCCGUUGUGGACAAUCUACGGGGUCGAUUAGCGGAAACAGAGUCGCGGCUGGCUCAAGUUAGGGCUCGAGAGGCGGCGCUCAGCCGACUCUUGGAGGAAAUGAAACGAUUAGUUUGUGUGAUGGAGAUCCUCGAGAACUACCUGAAACGGCGGUACAGAGACCGCCAAGAAUAUGUGGUUCGUCUCCUCGCUCCUGUAUCUCGAAAAUAGAAAUUCCUCUUCUUCAUCGCUGUCUGUAAUCUUAGCGGUACCAACCGAAAACUCGUUUUGAUUACUUGCUUCUUCGUUCUUCUUAUUCGCAAUUCUUGUUGACUAUAUUCUCCACCAAAUCUAUGGAUUUAUUUAUUCGCUCUUGAU